AUUUGAUGCACUUUAAAUAAAUGUAUAAGACAGGCUGUCACAAUAACGCACAAUAAGGCAAGAGGAAGCAAAGAUCUUUAGCUGUCAGUAUCACUGCUUACAAUGAGGGCUAUUGGGCUUGUUUUCCUAGUUGCAAAUGUCUGCAUUCAUUUUGCAACCCCAUCGAAACAUAACCUACGCAAAACACGUGCAUGGAUUGUUAAUACGCUGUCUAUGGAAGAGGAGCAAAGGGGUCCUUUCCCAUAUAAACUGGGAGAUCUAAAUACUGAGAAGAAUGUUUUCAUGGAAUACUCCAUUCACGGACAGGGUAUUGACAGAGAUCCCAAGGGAAUUCUGUCUAUUGACAAGACUGACGGUUCCAUUUACGUUCAUGGGAAAGUCGAUUACGAGGAAUACAAUAAAUUAACCAUCACAUUUGAAUCUGAUAAAAGCCCAGACUCUAAGCUUGCUGUGGAUAUUGAGAUUCUGGAUGUUAACGACCACACGCCUGUUUUUAAUAAUCCAGUUUAUGAAAGCACAAUAGAUGAAUCGACAACACAAGGUGAGCAUGUGGUCACAAUAUUUGCAAGUGAUGGUGACCGGGCUGGCUCGGCAAAUUCAUUGUUCACUUUCAGAAUCGUGUCAGUCACUCCCACUCCCUCCAACGCUGAGUUCUUCAUUCGACAAACUGAAGGAGAUACAACAGGGGAAAUAUACUUCAAGGGUUGUCUUAAUUAUGAGGAGGCCCAAAAAUACACUAUUGUGGUUGAAGCGAAGGAUCAUGGGGAGAAGGUGCAACUCUCAAGCACGAGUAGAGUGAUAGUGAAUGUUAUCGACAAAAACAACCAUCUUCCAGAAUUCGUAGGUAAAAUGACUUGUGAGAAGGUCAAAGAGGGACAGCGUGGAGAACCUGUUUGUCGGCUGCAGGUGGCAGAUAAAGAUAGCACAGGAUCUGCAGCUUGGAGGGCCAAAUACUCUCUGCAGGGUGAACAAGCACAGCACUUCAAGAUUAAAACCGAUCCUUUGACCAAUGAUGGAGUCAUAACUGUCACUAAGCCAUUGGAUUAUGAAGAAAGGUCCAGCUUGAAACUGACAGUCAGUGUGGAGAAUGAAGAUCCUUUCUUCUACUGUAGAGUCAAAAGGCGUCCCAAACAUGGACUGUGGAAUAUAGAAAACUCUAGAGGCAGGUCCAUUUCCACAUCAGUAUCUCUUCCAAUCAACAUUAUUGUGGAAGAUGUCAAUGACCCUCCGAUAUUCAUAGAGAAUAUCAAACAUGUGAGAGUUAUGGAGAACAUGGAAAUUGGACACAGCCUGUGGAUGUUCAAAGCUGAGGACCAAGAUCACCAUGAUUCAAAUUCAAUAAUUAGGUUCACCAGAGGAGAAGAUGUAGAUGAUUGGGUAACUGUAGACUCACAAACGGGUCUUGUAUCUACAGCUAAAAUUUUAGACCGGGAAUCACCCUACGUAAAGGACAAUACAUACACUGUUGUCUUAUAUGCUGUUGAUAAUGGUACACCACCAAUGACUGGUACCGGGACUUUAAUUAUCCAUCUGAGAGAUGAGAAUGAUAAUUCACCAAUGCUAGAGGUAGACAAACAGUACAUGUGCUUUUCUGAGAGGGCCAUUGAGAUUACAGCUGUUGACCCUGACCUGCAUCCGUACAGCGCGCCGUUCCGCUUCGAGCUAGUGGGAGAUGUUGACGGAAAAUGGAAGCUUAAUUCCAACUAUGGCACAAAUGUGACUUUGUUCAAAGAGGGCGUUGUACCUGUGGGCGAUCAUGAACUCACCCUGAAGAUCUCUGACAGCCAGGGCCAGUUUUCUCUCCAGACACUCUCAGUACAUGUUUGUGAGUGUACCAUUACUGCAGAGUGCGUUGCAAUGCAGUUAAGCGUCACUGCCAUCAUUGUCAUAGUCAUCAGCAUCUUAAUACUACUUGGUUUCUUGCUGAUGAGUUGUCUGAUCAGACAUAUGCCGAAGAAAACUAGAAUGAUACAGCUGGAGGGAUCUUCUCAAUCUUUUAUUCCAUCCCACACAGAAGCCUUUGGAACUGACUGCAAGAUUCCAUUCAUUUACACCGAUUCCUUGCUGACAAAGGCAUCUUCAAGUGAUAUCACUUUUUCUGAUUGCAAGUACAAAGACGUUGGAAAUGUUAAGGGCUGUUCUGAUGAACAUGGUGUUCUUGAGCCGUGUCCAUCCCUUGAGGCUGAUGUUCAGACUGAUAUCUUCUGUAAACGAGACAGCAACUUUACUUCAGUUAAACUCCAAGAGAGAUUCAAAGGCUUUACAGCAAUUUCACAUACAAACAUAAAAUAUAUGCCAAUGAAUGUAUUGUGAAAGAUGAAGGACACUAAAAGAUGAAAAUCUGCAACUUAAUGAAGGUCACAAUAAAGUGCUAUAGAUUCAUGAAGGUUUGCACUAUGUGUGUAAAAGUUGAAUGUGUAUAUAGUUUAUACACUAGUUUACACAUUGAAUUCACUAUAGUAUUGUGUAUUUCCAUGGUCAGACAUAAAGACUAAGUGAAUAAGCAACAUGUAGUUUGGGUUUGUGCCUCAUCAGACUUUGCCUAUGAAUAUGAAGAAUGCAAUUAAUGUCGGGAUGUUUACGUUUUAACUGUAAAUGGCAGAGCUGUCUUUUUAUCUAAAAUGUACAAUUAUACCAAGUGAAAGACUUUAGGUAUGCAAUGAACAUGCAAUUCAUUCAACAAUGUAUUUAAUUCUGUAUUAAGGCGGUGCUGGUGGAAUUCUGUGAAUGUAAAUGCAAAUAUAUCAGCUUAUACAUAAAUUCAGCUCAUUCAUGCUUAAGUCAUUCAUAAGGGCUUCUUAUCACAUGCUCAGGCUGGAUAGAGAUGAUGUUAGAGGGAUAUAAGCAGAUUACAGUUCACUUUUAUGUUAUGAAGGAUUGCUUGUUUUAUGGGUAAGAAUAAGUUAGUUUGUGUUGUGUGGUGAUGAUUUUUUAUUAUUAUUAUUAACUGUAACUUAUUUAUUGUACUCCAAUAAAAAAAA